AUGCGAUGCGGUUGUGCGCGGGCGUGCCAGCACGAUCUACCGUGCGUUAAGAUGGUGAUGAGAUCAAACGAUUGUGGCCGAGAGAGAACUGAUCUCGGCUGUCAGGUUCACGGCCUGAGCUACAAGGCCGUUUUAGUGGUGGUGUUGGUGGCGGGUUUUAGGCGAUGCUCCGGCGCGUUGCUCAGAGAGCGACGGUCGUAUGAUAUAUAG